AGCAGAACAUUAUGCCACCAACCCUCAACCUUGAGACGCCGGGUGACCCUGCAGAAGAUUUCAACUGCAACUAUGUCGCAAAGACAUCACAGUCACACACCGUUCAAAAUGCGCUUACGAAUAGCUUCGGUUUCGGCGGCACCAAUGCCAGCCUUUGCAUUUCGAAAUACAAUUGACUCAAUCGCUGAAGAUAAGCUGCAUCCUUAUCAAUGCCAAUGCGCGGGAUGUGAGCCCCGCAUUGACAGUAUUGGCAAGCUGCAAAGUCAAUUUCAAAAUGUUCACUGACUCGGGGCAAUGAUCCGCUGAAUAAAAUACGAACUUCGUUGCGCUUGAGAAUAUGAAAUAGCGUAUCUUUUCGUCGCAGACUGCGAUCUUCGCUUGGGUAUACACGAAUCGAUCCGCAGACAUGGAGUUUCAGGGCACAGAAUUGCCAUCAACCCGCACGAGGUACCAUGCGCUCAAACAAAAGGCUCACAGCCUGCAUUCGACAAUACCCUGGAUCCGACGACUACCGGCUCCUGCAAUAGCGAUUACAGCCCUCUUGCUGAUCGUUCAAGCCCUUGUCUGGACAUCUGUCGGCGUCGUCCUUAGCUUUCAUCCUGCACUCGUCUCUACGGCCGUCCUCGCCUACACGCUCGGCUUGCGGCAUGCCCUUGACGCUGAUCACAUCACCAUCAUUGACCUCGUCACGCGGCGAUUGUUGGCUUCUGGUCAGCAGCCUGUUACAGUUGGCACCUUCUUUUCCCUCGGACACUCAACCAUUGUCAUCAUCACAAGCAUUGUUGUUGCGGCAAGUUCAGCAGCAAUCCAGGAUCGCUUCGAAUCGUUUCAGAAUGUCGGGAGCAUCAUCGGAAGUUCCGUAUCUUCUGGUGUCCUGAUUAUUCUCGGAUGUAUGAAUGUGUACAUUCUCUUUCGGCUGGUACAGCAGCUGCGUCGGGCGAUCGCGACCCCGAGCGGCCAGGAGUUGCCUAACAUGUCAUUUGAGGGGGUAGGAUGCAUGUCACUGCUGAUGAAGCGAGUCUUCAAAUUGGUGGACCGACCUUGGAAAAUGUACCCAGUCGGCGUCCUGUUCGGCUUGGGCUUCGACACUUCUUCAGAGAUCGCCUUGCUUGGCAUCGCGUCCAUCGAGGCAGCACAGGGCACCUCACUCUGGCUUAUUCUGAUCUUUCCUAUUCUAUUCACGGCUGGAAUGUGUCUACUCGAUACCGUUGACGGCGCCGCCAUGAUGAGUCUGUACACCUCAGCUCGCCUAGCGAAGGACAAUAUCGCGGUGCUUUACUACCAAUGUGUGUUGACCGCAGUCACCGUCAGCGUGGCUUUGGUCAUUGGCGUGCUCCAGCUCCUGAGUAUGAUCCUGAACAUUCGUCCGGACUUGGACGGUCCUUUCUGGGAGGGAGUUGGCAUAGCCGGAGACAACUAUGAUAUCAUCGGUGGUGCCAUUUGCGGGUCCUUUCUGGUCUUUGGUGGAUUGUCGAUGGUGCUGUAUAAGCCUUGGCGACGACGGAUUGAUCGGGCUCGACUGGCGGCCAGUGGCUACGAUCACGAAGGGCUUAAUGAGCACGGCGAAGUGGAGCAAGUCGAUAUUAUCGAGGGAGAUCUCGAGGGAUCUGGCAAGCCAGUGGAAAAGAAUGCAUCGGGCAAGCUACCGAGCGUCGGCGAAAAUGCACUCGGUGCAGAUGAAAUCGUUCGUGAAGCCCGGACAGCACCUUAGACAGACAAGAUGUACAACACGCAUAGCAUUGCAUCAUCUGUUGGCCCCAUGCAAUCUCCAAUGCCUUGAAACAUGACCGAUCAACUCAAUCAACUUUUGAAGUCCGUACGCCAAAAAGGUCCC